AACCAAAAAAAAAAAAAGUCAUUACGUCACUACACCAAAACGACGACGUUAUUCUUUUUAUGCAAAGCGUUCACUCAAAUGUCAAAAUAUCCGAAUUAGGGUUUUGUUAAGGAAAAAAAACGUAAGCGUAGGAUGGUAAAUAUAAUAUUAGUGAAGCCCAGUGAAGUAAAUUUAGGUUCGGAUAGGCCCAUUAGCCAUGAAAAGAGGAACAAACGUCAUCUCAGAGUGAGUGAGUCAGAAACCUCUGUUUCGUCUAGAGUGUCUUUGAUUUUGCCAAAUAAGAGUAGAGAGAGAGUUGUUCUUCUUGUUUACAACGAAGACGAAAGAAGACUGAUGCAUAACGCAAAGGGACUGUUGGGGCGAAUCGUUCGAGAUAAGCUAUGGAGAUUUGAGUAUCGGAGAAGCUUCUGUUCGCUUAAGGUCACUCCUGAGGACCUUGAUAACCAGGUUCUCGUUGAAGGAAGUGGUUGUUCCCGUACUGCGAUUCUUAACAGACCACCUGCGCUUAAUGCCCUCACCACUCACAUGGGUUAUAGGUUGCAGAAACUUUAUAAGAACUGGGAAGAAGAUCCAAAUAUUGGAUUUGUGAUGAUGAAGGGGAGUGGAAGGGCUUUUUGUGCUGGUGGCGAUAUUGUGUCUCUCUACAAGUUAAUGAAGAGAGGUAGCCCGGAUGCUAUUAGGGAGUUUUUCUGGAGUUUGUAUAGUUUUAUAUACUUGCUAGGCACUUAUUUAAAGCCCCAUGUGGCAAUUCUUAACGGUGUUACCAUGGGAGGUGGAACUGGAGUUUCCAUACCUGGGACAUUUCGUGUAGCUACUGAUAGAUCUAUUUUUGCUACCCCUGAAACAAUCAUUGGUUUUCAUCCUGAUGCUGGCGCUUCUUUUAAUCUCUCCCACUUACCUGGUCGCUUAGGGGAGUAUCUGGGUCUGACUGGGUUAAAGCUCAGUGGGGCAGAAAUGUUGGCUUGUGGCCUUGCCACACAUUAUAUUAGAAGUGAGGAGGUUCCUGUAAUGGAAGAACAGCUCAAGAAUUUGCUCACUGAUGAUCCAUCUGUUGUUGAGUCAUGCUUAGAAAAAUGUUCAGAAGUUGCUCAUCCAGAAAAGACUGGUGUUCUUGGCAGGAUUGAUUUACUUGAAAAAUGCUUCGGCCAUGACACAGUAGAAGAAAUUAUUGAUUCUUUGGAAAUGGAGGCUAGUAGAAGAAAAGACACAUGGUGCACUACUACUCUUCGUCGACUUAAAGAAACAUCACCGUUAUCUUUGAAGGUGGCAUUGAGAUCUAUCCGGGAAGGAAGAUUUCAAACACUUGACCAAUGCUUAAUCCGAGAGUAUAGAAUGUCGCUACAAGGAACAAUCGGGCCAAUGUCUGGCAAUUUUUGCGAGGGAGUACGAGCUCGAUUGAUAGACAAGGACGAAGCACCGAAGUGGGAUCCACCGAGCUUGGAGAAAGUAUCAGAGGACAUGGUGGAUGACUACUUCUCUGCCUUGACUGCGACGGAACCUGAUCUUGACCUUCCUAUCAAACUCAGAGAAAGCAUUUAGAUUCAAAAUUGACUUACAUCAUCCAUCAUUCCCCUUUGGUUAACGAAAAGACCUUAGUUCGUUGGGAGACUGAUUUCAUUCUUCCAGAAGCAGAAUGUGUUGCAGGAUUUUUGUAUUAACAAAAUAUUACUUAAAUUUUUUAAUAAAGUAAUUAUUGAUAAAAUGAAUUUACUA